AUGGACGCCAUUAGAUCAAAAACGGAAGACCACCUACAUAAUAUCCUUUCUAACAGGUCCGAGGUCCGGUCGAUAGACCCCAGGCAUAACCAAGGCGAUGUCGACCUCUUGAACCAAAUCGGGUACAAGCAAGAAUUACGGCGUCAUUAUUCAACACUACAAGUCUUUGGUAUCGCAUUCUCCAUUAUGGGGCUAUUACCAAGUAUUGCCUCGGUGUUGGCGCAAGGUUUGGAAGCAGGUCCCGCCGGUUUGGUCUGGGGCUGGUUCGUGGCGUGUUUCUUUAUCCUUUUCGUUGGUUGCGCCAUGUCAUUUAUGGGCAGUGCCAUUCCAACGAGUGGUGGGUUGUAUUACUAUGCCAACUAUUAUUGUCCCGACUCGAUCCGUGUUCCACUCAGUUUCUUGAUUGGAUGUUCAAACUCAUUGGGGCUUAUGGGUGGAUUGUGUAGUAUCAGUUAUGGUUUUGCCGUGCAGGUGUUGUCAGCAGCGCAAAUUUCGCGCGAUGGUGAUUUCCACAUCACCAACGCCAAGUGUUAUGGUAUCUUUGCCGCUUGCGUGGUUUCCAACAUGAUUGUGCUGUGCAUUGGAACCAAGCACGCAGCAGCACUACAGACUGUUUCCAUUUGCGUCAAUGUGUUUUUGGUGUUGCUCUUUUUGAUUGCCGUCCCCGCUGGUGUCGGACACGGGUUCAAUGACAGAGGAUACAUUUUCGGCAACUUUGAAAAUGCAAGAGACUGGGGCACCGGCUGGAGUUUUUUCAUCUCGUUACAACCAGCUGUAUGGGUUAUUGGAAGUUUCGACUCGGUGAUCCACAGUUCUGAAGAGUGCAAGAAUGCCCAACGUGCCAUUCCCAUCGGGAUCUUGGGGUCGAUUGGUGCGUGUGCCGUGCUUGGAUGGGCCAUUGUCAUUGUGUGUGCCGCGUGUAUCAAGGACGGCGACGUGUCACGGGUCUUGCAAUCAGAGACCGGCUCGCCCAUGGCGCAGAUCAUAUAUGACGCCUUGGGCAAGAAAUGGGCAGUUGCGUUUAUGUCCUUGAUUGCAGUGGGCCAGUACCUCAUGGCCGUCUCCAUCAUGAUUGCGCUAUCGAGACAAGUUUGGGCAUUUGCCAGAGACGAUGGUUUACCCGUGGUGUACAACUGGGUCAAAGUCGUCAACCCGCGAGUUCAAACACCAGUUCGUGCAUCGCUCGUUGCCGGUAUCGUUUCGUUGAUCAUUGGGUUGCUUGUGCUUAUCAACGGUUCCGCUGGUUCCGGAGCGCUUUUCUCAUUGGGAAUCUGUUCCAACUCUCUCGCUUGGGGCAUGCCCGUGCUUUUAAUCUUGCUUCCAUACGGCUGGAAGAAAUUCAUCCCCGGACCAUUUUACUUUGGCAAAGUGCUCAGUACCACUAUUUGUGUUGUUGCAACGGGUUGGCUAGCUUUUAUUAUCGUGUUGACGAUGUUCCCCGACAUGAAGCUGGUCAACAGGGAAACCAUGAACUACACAGUGGUUAUCAAUGUUGGUGUGUGGUUAUUGAGUUUGAUUUACUAUUUCGCGUGGGGCUACAAGGUGUAUUCUGGACCAAAGAGCAAUCUUGAUAACGAAGAGUUGGAAGGUGAAUUGGGAACACUUCCUGGAGUCGAUGGAAUGUUGGAUGAAAAGCAACACCUUUGA